CAUCACACUUCAAAUCACAACUGCUAAAAUCCUAAAAGGCUUUGGUAAUCUCAUAAUAACAAUAGACCCAGUCUUCCAUUUGGGAAAUAUCAUAUCUACAAUGACCAUUUAUCAUUCUACAACGAAUGCCUCUAAUUCCACGACUAAACCUUCUUCCAUUAUGGAUGCUGACAUAACCGGUGGUUUUAUUCGACUGAUCGGUCACAUCACACUCCUUCAAAUCACAACCGCUGAACUUCCAAAAGAUUUUGAUAAAUCUCAUAAUAGCAAUAGACCUAGUUAUCCAUUUGGUACCAUGCUAAAGGACCAAGAUUCAUCUGAUAGUCCAACUCCAAUUCCAUCAUUAUCAUUACAAACUUCAAACAUUAAACAUCAAGGAAACAUUAUAUCUACAAUGACCAUGUGUGUUACGACUGUUUAUCAUUCUACAAUGCAUCCCUCUAAUUCCACGUCUAAACCUCCUCAGUCAGUGAUAUUGAUUAGCGAAACGUUAAAUCGUGAAUUUUUAGAA